GAGAGCGGCCGCCGCACCGGAGGGUCCCGGCGGGCACACGACACCCCCAGCACAUCCCACGCCUCCCGUCCCCAAUUCCUCGGCAUCCCCUCGGCCUCGCCGCCAGGCGCUCGGGAGAACUGGCGGGGCACGACGGGGCCUCGGGGACUGUGCGGGUGCCACGGGGGGCCCCGGGGCUGAGGAGGGGGUUAUGGCGACGCUGGCCCCCCUGCGUCUGCUGCGUGAGCCCUCGAAUGCCAGCGAGGGCAACCAGAGCAACGCCACGGUCGGGGCCAGCGCUGGCAGGUGCCAGGGGCUGGACAUUCCCAACGAGCUGUUCCUGGCACUGGGGCUGGUGAGCCUGGUGGAGAACCUGCUGGUGGUGGCUGCCAUCCUGAAGAACAGGAACCUGCACUCGCCCACCUACUACUUCAUCGGCUGCCUGGCGGUGUCGGACAUGCUGGUGAGCAUCAGCAACCUGGCGGAGAUGCUCUUCAUGCUGCUGCUGGAGCACGGGGUGCUGGUGAUGCGCCCCAGCAUCGUCCGCCACAUGGACAGCGUCAUCGACACGCUCAUCUGCAGCUCCGUCGUCUCGUCCCUCUCCUUCCUGGGGGUCAUUGCCGUCGACCGCUACAUCACCAUCUUCUACGCCCUGCGCUACCACAGCAUCAUGACGCUGCAGCGGGCCGUGGUCACCAUGGCCAGCGUCUGGCUGGCCAGCACUGCGUCCAGCACCGUCUUGAUCACCUACUACCACAGCAACACCAUCCGCCUCUGCCUCAUCGGCUUCUUCCUCUUCAUGCUGGUGCUCAUGCUGGUGCUCUACAUCCACAUGUUCGCCCUGGCCCGCCACCACCUCCACAGCAUCUCCAGCCAGCAGAAGCCAACCACCGCCUACCGUGGAGGCAGCCUGAAGGGUGCUGUCACCCUCACCAUUCUCCUGGGCGUCUUCUUUAUCUGCUGGGGGCCCUUCUUCUUCCACCUCAUCCUCAUCGUCACCUGUCCCACCAACCCCUUCUGCACCUGCUUCUUCAGCUACUUCAACCUCUUCCUGGUCCUCAUGAUCUGUAACUCGGUGAUUGACCCCCUCAUCUACGCCUUCCGGAGCCAGGAGCUCCGCCGGACGCUGCGGGAGGUGGUGACGUGCUCCUGGUAGGGGGACACGGUACCGGCACGGCCACCCCCGCCCUGGAAUGGACAGAUGGAUGGACUGACGGACGGACAGGACGAGCCGCGGGGUGCCCAGUCCGGGCGAGGACUCGCGGUUCCCAAUAAAGGCUCUUUGCAGUGA